AGGGCUGGGAGUCGGUGCGGCGGGAGGUGUCCUGGCUGUACACCCGCUUCUACACGGCCUUGGUCAUGGGCAGCUUGGUCAUCUACAACUGCUUGGCGUAUCUCGACCUCAUCGUGUUGGUGCUUCAGUUCUACUGGCUGCCGCAGAUCGCCUGGGAUGCCUGGCAGGGGACGAGGGGGGCGCUCCAGCCGUCCUUCAUCGCCGGCAUCUCUGCCUCUAGGCUGCUGCUCCCGCUGUACCUCUGGGGAUGUCCGAAGACCAUCUUCAGCGGGGAGAUCUACCCGCGCCUCCCGGGGGCCCCGAGCGCUCGGUGGUGCCUGCUGCUGGUAGGCCUCCAAGCGCUGCAGGUGGGCGUGCUGCUGCUGCAGCGCCGCCUCGGCGCGCGCUGGUUCAUCCCAUGGGUGUGCAUGCCCUGGGCCUACAACUACCAUCGGUUCAUGGCCAUUGACCCCGGUUCGGAGUGCGUCAUUUGCAUGACGGACCUGAACCCCGAGGACGGUCUGCGAGUGGUCACGCCUUGCAGCCACAGUUUUCACCAGGGGUGCUUGGAGCAGUGGAUGGACGUGAAGAUGGAGUGCCCCACCUGUCGCACAGCGCUUCCACCCCUGCAGUGAGAGCGGCGAGCCUCGCGGCCGGCCGCGGCCGACCGCGGCGGCGAUCGGGCCGCGGCAGACGAGUUCUGCGGAAGGUGUU